CGAGCAGCAGCCCGUGCUUUUAGUCCUGUGUUGCUGCCCGUAGCGGUGGUGGGGGAGGCAGGGAGGAGGGGAAGGGCUUCCUGUCGGAGGGGCGGGGGGUGGCAGGAAGCAGCCACUGUGUGCCCCAGGGAGGAUCCAGAGAGGAUGGAUCCCCAUCCCCGGGAAGCCGGACGACCCACAGCGGGGACAACGUCACGGGAUGGACCGGGCAGCGGGACUGCCCUCCUGUCCCUCCUCCUCCUCCUCCUCCGGGGCAACUGUCUGGCUCAGGCCGGCGCGACCUCCGACCCUCUGACCUGGGAUGAGAACGGCUACGUCCUCUACUGCCCCUGCAUGGGUCGAUUCGGGAAUCAAGCCGACCAUUUCCUGGGCUCGCUGGCCUUCGCCGAGAUGCUGAACCGGACGCUGGUGGUUCCUCCCUGGGUGGUCUACCGGCACCACACGCCUCCCUACACCAACGCCCACGUUCCCUACUCCGAGUACUUCCAGCUGGAGCGGCUGAGGGAGUUUCACCGGGUGGUCAGUAUGGAGGGCUUCAUGGAGGAACUGGCGCCCAAACACUGGAAGCCCGGGCAGAGGGUGGCCUACUGCUUCGACGCAGCGGCCCGGCGGAGUGCGGAUCGGUCCUCCUGCCCCAUGAAGGAUGGAAACCCCUUUGGCCCGUUCUGGGACCACUUCGGCGUGGAUUUUGACCGCUCCGAGCUCUUCAGUGGGAUCGCCUUUAGCUCCUAUUACAGGGCCCAGUGGAUGGAGAGGUACCCGGCCUCUGAGCACCCGGUGCUGGCCCUCCCUGGGGCUCCGGCCCAGUUCCCCGUGCUGAGUGAGCACCAGCACCUACAGAAGUUCGUGGUUUGGGCCGACAGCUUUGCGCAGGAGGCGGAGGGGCAAAUCCGGGCCCUGCUGCCCAGGCCGUACCUGGGCAUUCACCUGCGGGUCGGCGUGGACUGGAGAAACGCCUGCAAAAUGGUGAAGGAGGGCACAGCCGGACCCCACCUCAUGGCGUCCCCACAGUGCGUGGGCUACAACCGUCAGACGGCCCGCCCCCUCACCAUGGAGAUGUGCCUCCCUAGUCCAGUGGAGAUCAGGAGGGCGGUGGGCACCUGGGCGAAAGCGAUUGGGGCCAAGUCCGUCUACAUCGCCACCGACUCGGAGCCUUACAGUGAGGAGAUCAAGGAGGCCGUGGACAAGGAGGUCCGUGUGGUCCACCGCCCCUCCCAGCUGCCCCAGACCGACCUGUACAUCCUGGCGCAGGCUGACCACUUCAUCGGGAACUGCGUCUCCUCGUUCACCGCCUUCGCCAAGCGGGAGCGCGACGCGCACGGCCGCCCCUCUUCCUUCUUCGGCAUGGACCGCCCCACCUCGCCAAGGGACGAGCUCUGACCUGGCGGGGGCGGGGGGGGGGGUGGCACGGCGAGAGGGAGGUGAUGAACCCACCCGCCCCCGCUCGCCCCACCCCGGACCCCGGUGGUAACGGCCAGGGAGGGUGUCUGAUCUCUCCAUGUCCUGGGGGGGUGGGGUAGGGGUGAGUUGGGGGAGUGGGGGGGUGGAGGAGAGACCCUCCCCCUUCUCUUGCCCCCCACCCCCAAAACCUCAGCCGAGGGAUGGCAAGAGGGCCGAGGGAACUGAGGCCGAAAGCUGGUUCAGCCAUUGGACGGGGCGCCUGCUGCCAUCUCUUCCUGCGCCCUCUCACCCCCCUUCCAAACAUCCUUGGCCCCCCCCCCCUCAACACACCGCCCCCCCACCCCAGGAUCAGUUCCAAUGGAGCCCGGGGACCCCAGUCUCUGUUCCCUGGGUGCCUGCGGGCUAUUUGACUUCAGUGGGCUGCACAUCCGAGGAGCGCCCCCACCCUCCAUCCCCACCAGCCCCCACCCCCACUACGCCCCCCCACCCCCAAACACCCACGCACCUGCCCCGAAGGUGCUGCUGUAUCUGCCCAGGGGUUCGGCUGGCGAAGGUGCCUCACGGAGGGCAGCUGGGUAUCGGGCUCUUGAGCUCCAAGGACAAGCCUCCCCCCCUCCCUCCCUCCCUCCCCACU